AUGACAACCAAUAUCCUCGUCAGCGGUGCUACCAAGGGCAUCGGCCGCGGCUUCGUCGAGAAGUACCUCAGCCGUCCCAACACCAUUGUCGUCGCCGCUGUUCGCAGCCCAGACUCCGCGGAAGCCAAGUCUCUGUCCGAGAUUCCCGCAGCCGAGGGCAGCAAAGUCAUCGUUGUCAAGGUCGAGAGCACCUCUGAAACUGACGCCCUCGAAGCCGUCAAAACCAUCACUGCGCAGGGUAUCACACACCUCGACGUCGUGAUUGCCAAUGCCGGCAUCUUCAAGUCCUCCGCCUUCAUCGAAGUUGCCAAGAUGAAGACCAGCGAUCUCCUCGAACACGUCGACAUCAACGCCGCCGGUCCCGUCCGCCUUUUCCAAGCCACUUUCCCGCUCUUGACUGCCGCAAAACAGCCGAAAUUUGCUGUUAUUUCUUCAGCGGUGUCAACGAUUACGGGGGCUGAGUACGUGCCUUAUACGGUCACUUCGUAUGGAGCUUCUAAGGCGACCAUCAACUUUCUCCUGAGACGCAUUCAUAUUGAGAACCCGAACCUGAUUGCUAUUGCUUUCCACCCUGGCGCGGUCAAGACGGAGGAGGGUAAUGCAGCGGCUCGCUUCUUUGGAUUUCCAGAGGCCUUCGCGACCGUACAGGAGAGUGUCGAUGGAGUCGUUGCCAAGAUUGAUGCCGCUACUCGUGAGGAGACGUCUGGGAAAUUCCUCGCGUUUGAUGACACGCCAUUGAGCUGGUAG